UGACAGUCUGGUUUGCGAAAUAGAGCAGCGUUCAGCAGCGCGAGCAUCACCAUCAUCAUCUCCCGGCGAGGAACAGCACUCGGAUGUGGAGACAGGAUGCCGCGCGGACCGUUAGCUUCUUUACAAUUAUUUGACCCGAUAGCGAAACGACUCCGCGACACCAACUAGGCUACGGGGGACAGAAAGCGGGUAGAGAGUGAGAAUAUACCGCGGAGAUAAAUCUUGUCCUCAACAAAACCCGGAUCGGAUUGAGCUCUACUAUCGUCAAAUCAAAACAGCGCUGGAUGGACAGCCAACUGGGGGCUUAUGGCAUUAGACGCUGCAGACUUAAUCCCGUGGAUGUACAAAUAAAAAUAUAAAUAAAUAAAAGCCCAGGGCAGAUAAGAUUGGUUGCACACAUAGACAUGGCGAUGUAAGGGUAGCAGUGUAGCUUAGUGCUGUAGGGUAGUGUUUAUAGGACCAAAAGCAAGCCGCGCCGUCUCUCCUUCAGUGUUAUGCUCUUUCUGGUGGAUUUAAAUGCUUCACUGAUGUGAAAUGGGAGCUUUGACAAGCAGACAGAAUGGCGGGGUGGAAGAGGUGGACAUCCCCUCCAACUCCGUGUACAGAUACCCACCAAAGACCGGUAGCUACUUUGCCAGCCACUUCAUCAUGGGCGGCGAGAAGUUUGAGUCGACUCAUCCUGAGGGAUACCUGUUUGGAGAGAACACAGAUCUCAACUUCCUAGCCAACAGACCUGUGGCAUUCCCCUAUGCCACCCCUCCCCCACAGGAGCCCGUCAAGACGCUACGAAGCCUCAUCAACAUACGCAAAGACACACUACGCCUCGUCAGGUGUAGUGAGGAUGCCAAGCUGUGUGCCGGUGGGGAGGAGGCCAGUAAGCCUCUGGGCUCCUACAACAUCGAGUUCACAUUCGACUCCGACACACAAGUAGCCAUCACCAUCUACUAUCAGGCCAUAGAGGAAUACCACAACGGAGUACCCAUCUACCUCCCCCAGGACAGUGCUCUGCAGUCGGAGACGGUGCACUUCAAGAGGGGAGUGUGUCAGCAGUUCAGCCUCCCGUCACACACACUCAACCUGUCAGAAUGGGCAGAGGAAGAGUUGCUGUUUGACAUGGAUAAGGAUGUGUACCCCAUGGUAGUGCAGGCCACAGUGGACGAGGGGGACGACCAGAUGGGCCAUUCCCACGUGCUGUUGGCUACUUUUGAGAAGCAUAUGGACGGCAGCUACUGUGUGAAGCCCCUGAAACAGAAACAAGUGGUGGAUGGGGUGAGCUACCUUCUGCAGGAGAUUUACGGCAUAGAGAACAAGUACAACAGCCAGGAGUCAAAGGUGGCUGACGAUGAGAUCAGUGAUAACAGUGCUGAGUGUGUGGUGUGUCUGUCUGACGUGCGAGACACACUCAUCCUCCCCUGCAGGCACCUGUGUCUCUGCAACGCCUGCGCAGACACACUACGCUACCAGGCCAACUGCUGCCCCAUAUGCAGACUACCAUUCCGUGCGUUGCUGCAGAUCCGAGCGAUGAGGAAGAAGCUGAGUCCUCUCUCCCCCGCCGGAUACAACUCAGCUGUCAUCACCUCACACACCCCUGACACUUCAGAGGAACACUCUGCCUCAGAGCAGCACCCCCCGGGUUAUGAGGCCGUUUCCCUGCUGGAGGCUCUCAACGGGCCCCUGAACCCCUCGCGAGUGGGAGGGGGGGGCCCCCUGGGCGGGGGAGUGCCAGGGGCCCACGUGUCCGGGAGCCUGCCCUCGUACGGGGGCGACAACCGCCAAGCGCUGCCAGCUCUCUCCUGCGCCCCUCAGGACGGGAGUGGAACUGCAGGACAAGCGCUCAAGCUCAAGAAGAGCAGCUCCAAGUCGCUAUCCCAGAAUUCCUCAGUGCUUCCUGAGGAGGACGAGAAGUCCGGCAGCGAGUCGGAGGUGCAGGCGAGCCAACGCAAACAGGAGGGUGUGACGCCGGACAGUGACAACUUGACUCUGUCGUCCUCCGGAGCUGUCGACCAAUCAUCUUGCACCGGCACACCCCUCUCCUCUACCAUAGCCUCUCCAGAGGAGCCGGUGAGCAGUAGUCUGGCCCAGUCGGUGAUGUCGAUGGCCUCGUCCCAGAGUCAGCAGUCUCAGAUCAGCACUGACACCCUCAGCAGCAUGUCCGGAUCCUACCAGGCGCCACACGACCCCGACAUGGAGAGCAGAGGACCCUCACAGCAGGACGGGGAGGAGCUGCCUAGUGACUCUAAAGAGCAGAACAUGGCAGCAGCCGCAGCAGAAGAGCAGGAACAAGACUCAGAGGGAAACGACGUGACAGAAGACGAUUGCCCCUCCCCCUCUAUAGACCAAGGUGUGAGGAGCGAGGUGCUGCCAUCUUGUGGUGAGGUUGAGAAUAACAAUCAGGGCCCGGCCGCAGGUUCCGCUUCGCUCUGCUCGCUCACUGGGCUGGACAACCAGCCACAGCCCGCCCCCGCCGACGCCCCAUUCGCCGAUCUGUUGUAUCUGGAUGCGUUCCGGAAUGGCCUCGACACAUUCCAGCACCACGGCAACGAGACCUUCAGUCGUCACGGCAACCAUCUGUUUCCUCACCAUGCCUCCGCCAGCAACAUCAACCUGGAGGAGAGGGGCGUGGUCAUGAUACCAAGCCCCGCCCCUAAAAGCACCCCGUGCACCCCACGACCCUCUCGCUCUCAACACACACACCGACACGGACCCUACGCUGUCUGA